UCGACAUUCGCAAAUGAGUUGAACCGUUCUCGCCGUCCACAGUCCCUACAUCCACAAGCUCCAUUCCUCUCGUCAAAACUCCGGCCGCAUCAUCCCCACCUGCAAACUUCCGUUUGCGCCAUCUCUUCCACCAGCGCAACCGCAUCAUCUUCAAUUCACACGUUCCAAUCAUGACCGAGACCGGCCCACCACCGGUUGUCAUCAGAGAGGCACGACCGGCCGUUGUCGCCACACGAUCCCACGGCCGCGGCGGCGCAGGCAACAUCAACAGCAAGCCCGCCGAGAAUGUGAAAGCAACCGACCUCGCAACGCCCACGAUCAAAUCGCAGACCUUCACGACCGGCCGCGGCGGCGCGGGAAACAUGACGAAGAAGAAGGAUGACGACGCUGCGCGUGCGGCACAGGAUGUCGACACGCCGGCGCAUCACAGCAAGGAGAUGAAGGGCACUUUUCACUGGGGGCGCGGAGGUCAGGGAAACAUGACGACGUUAAAGGGCGAGAAUGGGUCCGCGAAUGGGAACGUAACUGCGAAUGGCAAUGGCGAGAAGACGAUUCGAAAGACUUCGGCGGGUGAGGCUGAGAGGAGGGGAUCGAUGAAGGCUGCAUUGGGCAGGGGAAAAGAGAUGUUGGGAUUUGGCAAGAAGGAAAAGGCCAUGGCUGUGGAUGCGAAGAACGAGGACGCGAUGGAGGACUGAGGGGACGGAAUGUGCGGAAGGACUUCUGAGCAGACGACACAAUACCCACUCAGUGGUGGAAACGACAGAUUCAGAUGCUGGUGAGCGCUUGCGGACAAGGGCGGCAACAAA